UUCGCUCCACACACGCUACAACAGCGACCCUUCCGUUAUACAGAAACGUGAACGAGUCAACAUUAACGUCAUAUAUAGACGUCAAUUGCAGCCUUACAAACAUGCCGUCAGCAAUUGUACUGUUAGCCGAAGGAGCAGAGGAGAUGGAGACUGUCAUCACGGUGGACGUCUUGCGCAGGGGCGGGAUUGACGUGACGGUAGCUGGGCUGACUGGCUCGGACCCUGUAUUGUGUAGUCGCCAGGUCAAGGUCGUGCCUGACAAAAGUCUUGAUGACGCCUUGAAGUCGGCGCCAUAUGAUGUUGUUGUUUUGCCAGGAGGCGGCACUGGUGCCAAGAAUCUCUGUGAGUCUGCUGCUGUGGGCAAGCUGCUGCAGGAACAGGAAGGACGGGAUGCCCUGGUGGCUGCUGUGUGUGCAGCACCGACAGCGCUGCUGGCACAUGGCGUCGGUAAGGGGAAGUCUGUGACGUCACAUCCUGGAGUUGCUGACAAGAUUAAGGAAGGUGACUACAAGUAUUCCGAAGACCGAGUUGUCCAGGACGGCAAGCUGAUCACAAGCCGAGGGCCAGGAACAUGUUUUGAGUUUGCCCUGAAGAUUGUGGAGGCUAUUCAGGGAGCUGAGAAGGCCAGCUCUCUGGUCGCCCCAAUGUUGGUCAAGAUGUAGAUCACAUGUGAACCGCUACCAAACCUUCCAGAGAUUUACAGUUCCCCUCAUUGUCCAUACUUCGCGUGUUUGGAUCCACUACAACCUCCAUCACCUGUGACUACAUACGACCCCCAUGCAGUGUACUCGUGACCCUGACCCCCUGGAGGCCAACCCAUGGGUCGGGGGGGUGUCAGCCUCGGUGACACGGUUCAUUGCGUUUCAUCGUACCCUGACAGCAUGGGUUGUCUGGAAUAGAGACUUGGAACAGAAACCAUGUUUGCCGGAAGAGGCGCCUAUGGUUCUCGUAAUAGGCGAUUAACGAGGGUCAGGUGGUCAGGCUCGCUUACUUGGUUGAUGCAUGUCAUCGUAUCCCAAAUGUGAUGCUUGUCAAGUCAAUCACUGGAUUGUCUGGUCCAGACUCAAUUUUUUACAGACCCCCAUCAUAUAGCUGGAAUAUUGCUGAGCAUGACGUUAAACAACAAACUAAACAACAAUUGCCAUUUGUGCAUGUAAAGAUACCGGUGUGCCAUUGUAAAAAACAACCGUGGCGCUACGAUGAUCGUAAGCCUUCCUUAAAGUAUGGGAGUUGGGAUCACCUUAGCGUUAAGAUCCCUUUGAACAAUGGCACCAUGCAGGCCUGUGCUUGUUUUUUGGUUAUCAUGAUUACACUGUAUGGUAGGGCUGGGACAAGUCCGAAUGUAUUACCUGGGUACCCAACCCCCUAUUCCCCGACCCUACCUGAAUACCCGCUGUUGGUCUCAAGUUAGAUAUGCACGCCCAAGAUGACCUGGUCAUGCAUACACUGAAGUUGAGUGGCCCAGAACAUGACGCGACUUGUAGUGUAAUAGUGAUUGUUAUUGUCAUUAAACAAUAUAUCAUAUGACUUUCCACGGGUCUGGGCAGUUCUAGGUACCCGGGUUCUACUCAAAACCACCCAACCAAAGUACCUUAGUUACCCAUCCCAGCCCUACUCAAGUCUCAGGGGAUGGUGGAACACAAUCUCAUUAAAAUAAGAUCUUAGUUCUCGCUACCGCUAAACAAAGAUCUGAGGACAUCCCAUUACGGGUGAUGUCAGACCGACCUUGUGUGAACUUUGACCGACCAAUAGAAUGACCAA